GUUCAGCGACUUUGGACCAGAUCAGACCAAACCCUCGGCAAAUAUCGUCGUCGAGCGAAUAACAACAUAUCAGACAAGCGGACGACAUGUACCAAUCGACCUCUUCGUCCACAGCCCGACUGGCUACACAAGCCUUGUCGGCGAGAUCCCGGACGUACGCGACGUCUCCCUGGGCAUCUCAACAGCCGGUCAAGGGGAAACGCAAGAUCGUCCUCGUCGGUGCCGGGUUUGUCGGAUCGUACAUCGCCAAAGCUCUCGUAGCGGACCCGAGGAACCAAGUCGUCCUCGCUUCUCGUAACCCCGAGCCUCUAUAUAACAAACUCAAAUCACUCGGAUCCUCUAUCCUCCCCCCGGUCUCUCUGGACAUAACCAAACCUUCCACCCUCAACCCCGCUUUCGAAGGAGCCAGCGCGAUCGUCUCCCUCGUCGGGAUCCUCACCGGUACACCGGAAGAAUUCAAGAAGCUCCAAGCUGAGGGAGGAGAGAAUGUAGCCAGGGCGGCCAAGGAAGCUGGGGUGAGGAGGGUUGUGGUGGUCAGUGCGCUUGGGAUCGAGAAGGGUGGGACGCCUUACGCCGAGACCAAGUUGGAGAUGGAACAAUCGUUCAAGACGCAUCAUCCGACAUCGACCAUCAUCCGGCCCUCUCUCGUCUUUGGACCUGGGGAUAGUUUCUUCACGCGCUUCGCAACCCUAGCCAAUUACCUACCCCUCCUCCCCCUCUUUGGAGGCGGCACGAGCAAGUUUCAACCGAUCUACGUGGGUGAUCUCGCCAAGGCCGUCGAGGUAGCGACUAGGGACGAGACUUGUGAGGGCGGAAAGGCGUUGAUGGGCGAUAUCGAGGGCAAGACAUUACAGGGUGGAGGACCUGAUGUGUUCACCUACAAACAGCUCAUGCAGCUCACCCUCCGCUAUACGGACCUGGUCAACCGAAGACUCCUCCUACCUAUCCCGUUCUGGAUCGGAAUGAUCCAAGCGUUCUUCCUCGAAAAGCUGCCUCUCCCCGAAGUCCUGAAGCUCACAAGGGACCAGGUGAAACAGUUGAAGAACGACAACAAGGAAGAGCUCGCCAGCGAUGCAAGCUCAAGCGGGAUCCAGAACGUGGACCAGCUACUGAAGACGUACCCCGCGGCGGCAUUCGGGACGGAACCUCCUCAAGGCCUCAAGAGCGUUUACGAUAUCCUGCCCAUGUACAUCCGACCUAGAGGAGCAGAGGAUGAAGCGCCGCCUGUCAGUGGGAAGAGACGGCAUGGAAGGGAUUAUGUGGGUGGGGCGAGGGGAGAGGCGGCGGUCAGGAAGAUGACCGAGAAGAGUGGCGCUCCCAAGUUGUAGAAACCGAGUUGAGUCGGAAUGAACCUUGUAAAGCAUGUAGCAAUGGUAAUGAACCUAGAAUGUAUUUGAUCGUUUGAUAUAUUAGCUAGAUUCCUCGGACCUCGAGGCGCCACAUACAUUAUCGUGACAGAGACACUAGCGACUCGGCAUCUCCAGUCAUGCGCUCUUCUCCGCCAGAAUCGCUUCAUACAACCCAACCCUAUUCAACGCAGGAUCCACAAGAUCUUCAGGUAUCGAACUUGGCAGUUGCUAUCGUCUACAUUCAAUUGCACUCAGCAUGAUCGCACUGCUUUCCGGCCGAAGGCGGCGCUAUACACGACACUACCAAUGACCAAAU